AUGUUGGCGAGAGGCGUACGAACAAUCCGCUGGCUAUGUGCUCUGCUUGUGGUAUGCCAUUUUGGCGCCGUGUACUUGGGCUCACAGCAUACCGGUCUGUGUGACUUGCCUAUCCUUAACCAAAGCUCGUGGUUCAAGCAAACCGCUUGUCCAUGGUACACCUCUCAUGUUGAGCCGCAGCGCAAGCAAUUUGUGAUGCCACUGGCCCUUCAAUGGCAAAAAUACGAGCUUAUCGCAAGACACCAGGUUGAAUGUGCUUCUCAAAGUGCUACGCAGUUCACACAGCGUCGUGUUGUGCCUUGUCUCUACAAGUGGUACCAUGUGGUGCGUAUCAAGGCGCACCUAUAUCACAACGUCUACGUGGUUCCGAAGGUUAAGCACAUUUUGUAUAGAGGUCAGCUUUGGCUUCAAUCCGAUAGCGAUCUCGCAAAUGCGAUCCUCAAAGCUCUUACCAAUCUUUUGCGCGGAUGGAACGCGGCAAAAUCGGCCAUGCAACGUCUAGAAGUGGUGGCCAAACCUUUGGCGAUGAAUGUCAUCCAACGCACAAAAACGUUAGAGCCCAUGUUUCGGAACGCUCAAGGUAUGUUUGUAGAUUUUCAGACCGCAGUUAAAAGGGUUUUUGACGAUAAAGUGUUGGGGAAGAUUCAGGCCGCGAGAGGCGAACAAGAAACUCAGUGGUUUGAUGCUGCGGACGAUUACGAAGACGACGAAACUCUUUUUAUAACUUCCACUAUCAUUGAAACCGUCACGCUGUCAGAUAAUGAUCUCGUAGCACCCGCGGCUCCCUCAGACGACGCUAACAUGGCUGUGGAGAUACCCCUAAGCGAUCUUGUCCAGGAGGAAUUUCAGGCGUGGUCAAAUACCAUUAAGCAAAAAUCUCUGAACACGAUACAGCAGUUUGAUUCUGAGAUCGAAGAUCUGGUGGAUGAGAAAUUGGGCGAGGUCCAACCCCGCAUUACCGUCGCUUUGCAAAAAUUUACAAACAGCUCCCAACAUUACUACCAGACCAUCAAUAGAGCCAUUUUGGAUGUGAACUGCACAAUGGAAUUAGAUCCAGAAACUGGAGAACAAUUAUUCUUCAAUAAAGAGGGCGGCCAACUCCGCGAGUAUGUGACGCGGCCAUUAGUGCGCGAGUUCUUUGCGCAGGCCCACGAGCAUGUGGAUAAAAGUUUGGAAACAACCCGCGCACUCCUGGAGUCGUUCGUUGCUGAAAUCAACUCCGCCGUUGACCAGAUCAGACAAGAACAAUUGGAGGUCUACGAAGAGUGGGGCGACGUCAUGGUGAGCGAAUGGUCCAAGAGAAUGGCUUACAUAGACGUUGUGGCCGCUAUGGAUUCACAAGAUUUGAACCAGAGGCAACACGACAAUUGGAAGCAAUUCUUGAAGCUAAAGAAACAGGUAAUUGCUACUAGAGACCUGCUGAUGGAACAUGCAGCUAACUUACAGCCAGUAGAAAAAGUUCUCACAGAGGUGCAGUACACUUUGAAAGCCAUCCAGCGUGAAGCCGGCGAGUAUCUGUUUAUUUUGAGGUCGAAGGCCAACCUUGCCUUCCAGGCCAGAGAGGAACAGGAACGAAAGGAACACCGGGAACAAGUUGAGCGCGAGCAAAGAGAACGGGAGGAGCUUGAGAGAGUGGAGACUCAAGCACCCGUGGAGUCCGAGUCUCCUGACGACUUGCGCCAGAAUACUUCCGACUACAGCGACGACGACAACGAGGAUUUUGAGGACCUCAGUCCUGAGGCCGAAGCUGUUCUACUCCGGCAAGAACAAUUGCAGCGCGAGAAGCUGGACGCCCAAGAGUUGCAGCAACGCCAGCAGUUCUUACAGGAGCAGAGCCGCGAUGAAGAAAACCACUCUUCUCAAACUUAG